ACAGUGAUUGGUCCGAAUAUUAUUCCAAGUGUCUCCAGCUGUUUGCAGCCAAUACUGACACAGACUGCGAUCGAGUGAGCGAGAGAGCCUGAGCGGUGGGAGGAGUCAACAGAACCUGGUUUUUUUUCUCUCCGUUUCCCCACCCCACACAUUUUUCAUUUCCCCUCCGGCGAGUUUGUGCCAUACCCACAGUACGAACUGCCUCGGCUCAUCAGUUGGUCGCCGUUACCUGAGACUGGCAGAGGCGGUGAGCGUGUCGUCACUCGUUCUCCUUGUCACAAAACUAAAGCUGGUACGUGGUCUGUGAUGUUGUUUGAUUGACUGCAUUUCGAUCUGUGUUCUUGUUUAUGAAAUGUGUGUGUGAAGUGUCGAAGUGUAAGUUGACCCGGAAGAGUGGAAGCCAGCGAUUGUGACGUGCUGCACUGGGUUCGGUUUCCGGCUAUGAAAAGUUCAGAAAGGAUGUUCCUUAUUUAAAUUGCCGACAUCACAAGUGAAGAAGUAGAAGCGAGAAAAAAGUCGUUAGCAUAUUUCUGUAUGUGAAAGGAGAAACUUGUUCUUCAUUUGUUUAAAUUAUUUCAGUAAACAAAAGAAGUGAGGGACUUGUCCUAAACAAACACAUCCAACGCGCAGAGAAAAAAGAAGGCCUUGUUCCGAAGUAAACUUGAGAUCGUAAAACAAAAUCUUGGAGAACAAGCACGGCUUGUGUCAACACUGUAUUUCUUAACAAGAACAGUGAUGCGACAUUGUUUAAACAUGACUGGUGCUGCCACUAUAGGAUGACAAUGUAACGACAGCCUUGAAAUUGUUUGUAACAUGAGUGUCGUGGUGUACGGACAGAACUGAGGAUGAACAAGUGAACUAACGCAACAAUGUGCGAGCAACAGUUGGUGACAGACGACGUCAAUAACAAGCGACGGCGUAACAAGGCGCACCACCUCGUUAUGCUAACAUCUUGGAACAACAAUCAGUUUUCGACGUCUCAGGUCGGGAGGACUUCUCCAUACAGGACAUUGUGUCUGUUGACUGCAGGGCUGGCUUUUAUUCUGGGACUAGUGGUCGGGGUGAUGAUCCCGCUGUAUGUGCUGCCCCGAGGGGCGGCGUCCUCUCCCGCCCUGCGACGGUACUUAACGCGACUGAAUGCGAACACCAGUAGUGACAAUCGAGUGUUCCUUGAUCAGGCCACACCGCGAAGGACCAACUACACGAAGGCCGCCACCGAAUUCCCUAGCGUCUCUUUCGUAAUGAAUUCUGCUCCGCCUGUCGUGGACUUUAGGCCGAAAGUUCCUCAAGAACCUGGGUUCGAAGUGGGGGAAGACGCAGGUGGAUUGCUGCAGGGGGGCGUGUACUGGGGACAUCAGGUGGAGGAUUCCAUGCCGACGGGGUUUGCAGAAUCUGAAGCCGAGUCGUGGCGUCGCUUCGCUCGGAAGACACCGGUCGUCAAGGUGGAGGAAGGCUGUGGCAGGAUGCAGAAUAGACUACUGACUUUCCAGGACGGUACGAGGUCCUGCUGCAGAUAUCGGCAAAACACAGACCAGAUCCAGGGGGAGCUAUUCAGUUUCUAUCUCGGACGACUCUUGGGUCUCAGGAACCUUGCACCCUCUUCCCUAGCUUUGGUCCGGCUCCGAGAUCCUUUGUGGUCGCGAGUUCGACCCCAGUUGUCAUUAGCGCAGUGGAGCGAGGAGCGGGCAGUUGUUCUUACCCGAUUCGUCCCGUCCCUCGAACCAGCCCACAUCCCUUCCUCCCUUAGGACCUCUACCAGACGUUUACAUCCUCCGGACAUCAGGGGUGAAUCUACGCCCGACAUGGUGGAACUUGCGCAGUGGUCGGACCUCAUAGUGUUCGACUACCUGACAGCCAACCUGGACCGCGUCGUCAACAACUUGUACAACCUACAGUGGAACCCGGCCAUGAUGGAUGCACCCGCACAUAACCUCGCCCGGGAACCGCACUCAGGUCUGUUGGUGUUCUUCGACAAUGAGAGCGGGCUGUUGCACGGUUACAGAUUGCUCAGCAAGUACGAACACUACCACGGCGCGCUGCUGGAGGCGCUCUGCGUGUUCAGGAGAUCCACUUCGGACGCCAUCAAACGGCUUCAUAGGGACAAGAACGUGGGACAGUUACUGCAGGCGAGGUUCGACUCCUCGGACCCCGAGUUCCGGGACUUUCUGCCCAGCCUGCCAGAUAAAAGUAUCAAGAUCUUAAACGAGAGAAUAGACAGGGUGUACGACCAGAUCACACAUUGCGAACGGCAGUAUUCAGUACAGAAACUGACAUAAACAAGUAUUGAACCUGUUAACGCUAAUUUAUUGAGUUCCUCGUUCUGUAACGUUUCGUGGAUAGCACGAGAUGAAUUACGUACCCUGAUGUCAUGUGCUGUAAUCUAGCGACAAGGUGUAGCAGUUCUAGUCAUCUGAAAUCGUAUUACGUGAUUGAAACUUUUUGUGACCUUGUGUGUUUGAAUUCAGAGAUAUUGCACAGUAUUAAUGAGAUCGCAGGCAGGAGAGAGAGAAUCUGUGUGUGUGUCUGUGGUUGUGUGUACAUGCGUAUCGAAAAUAAAAACAGUGAGGUGGAAAGUGAUGUGACUGGAGUCGUAACUCCGAUGGCAGAGUCAUCUGGAGGUGUAGAAAAGUAAAUAGGAUACCACUGUGUUUGGUACAAAUAAACUAAUAUAGGCAAACAUAACCUUGUUUGAGGUUCGCACACGUUUUCAGAAGAGAAGACAGGAAAUUCCAACUCUUUGUUUAAGAAAGUGACGAAGAAUAACUAAUUUAUUGGGCAAAUGUUGGUUAACAUUCAGCUGUUAAAACAUGUGAAGCAAAAUCACAAGAAUAUAAAAGUUGUGAGAAUUUUUUUU